AUGUCGGCCAACCUGCUCUCCAACAUUCCUCUCUCCUUCUCCGCUCCCUCGAUAGAUCAGCCGUUUGGCGUGAAGCUAUGGCCUAUCUUCGACUCCGUCUACACCUCCAUCAUGGGCUACUCGGCAGAUGACUUCCGGUUCGUCACCAACGAGACGCCCAUGUCGACCCUCAAGGCUACCACUAUUGCCCUGAUAUCCUACUAUGUCAUCAUCUUUGGUGGUCGUGAGCUCAUGCGCAGCCGUCCGGCCAUGAAGUUGAACGGCCUCUUCAUGGUCCACAACUUCAUCCUGACAGCUGUCAGCUUUCUCCUCCUGGUCCUCUAUAUCGAACAGUUACUGCCCACUUUGGUCCGGAAGGGUACUUUCCAUGCCAUCUGCCAUUAUGAAGGUGGUUGGACUAAGCCUUUGGUUCUCCUUUACUACUUGACCUACUUGACCAAAUACCUUGAGUUGCUCGACACCGUCUUCCUCGUCCUCAAGAAGAAGCCUCUCACUUUCCUUCAUACCUACCACCAUGGUGCUACUGCUCUGCUCUGCUACACUCAGCUUAUUGGCUCUACCGCUGUCUCAUGGGUACCCAUCACCCUCAACUUGGUUGUCCAUGUAGUCAUGUACUGGUACUACUUCCAGAGCGCCCGAGGAAUUCGUAUCUGGUGGAAAGAGUGGAUCACCCGUCUGCAGAUCGCACAGUUCGUUAUCGAUCUAGGAUUUGUCUACUUUGCCUCCUACACCUACUUUACCUCCACCUACUGGCCAUGGAUGCCCAACGCAGGAAAGUGCGCAGGUGAGGAAUUUGCUGCCUUCGCGGGUCUUAUCAUCCUCUCCUCCUACCUCCUUCUCUUCAUCUCUUUCUACCUCGCCACCUACAAGAAGGGAGCCAAGUCCGGCCGUCCACGCCGCAACACUGGGUCGCAAGCUGCUCUUGCCAUGAAGAACAUGGAAGUCCCCCAUGUCGGCGGCCACUCUGCCCCAGUCGCCUCCAACGGCUCCACCAACGGAAGUGCUACCAACGGAAACGCUACCACCACUGCCCGUGCCAAUGGACCCGUCACCAGGUCAAGAAAAGCAUAG